GGCACCAAAAUAAAAACAUCACGUCCCGCACUUCUUCUUCCUUUCUUCCUUUCCUUCAUCACAAUCAACACUCGAGAGUCGACGGCAUCAAUGACACUCCCACGACUUGGCGACUACGCCGAACGCGUCCACUUCAAGGGCGAAGACGCCUCAAAGUCCUCUAACCGCCCCUUCAACAAUGGAUCUGCCAAGAAUCCCCCUAUCGUCCGCCCUCAUGGCGUCAACCGAAUCCUUCUGUACCCUGGGUCAUUCAAUCCUCCUCAUCAAGGUCACCUUAACCUCCUACGCUACGUCUUUGAGAACGCGGGUGAAGACCUUCACAUCAUCGGCGCCAUCAUCAUCAUGACAGAUGAAAAUCGACUGGAAGACAAGCUCUGCCAAGAGGAGAACCCACUCAUCCUCACCCGUAAGGAACGCGUCAACCUCUGGCGUGGCGACGGUAUCCCAGUGGACUGGGUCUGGGUCUAUGAUCGACCCGAAGCCAGCUGGGCCGACUUCCGCCCCCGACUGUCCAAGGAGUUCAGCAAGGACCGCCUGGACGUCAAGUUCAUUCUUCUCGGAGGGCCAGAUACCAUCAGCGCUGAAGGCACAUACAACCCCAAGUACUGGAAUUGCCCCGAUUCCAUCACGAGCGACUUCUCCCGACCUGUAGACUUUCGCUAUCCAAGCACCCUCCGCCAGCUUGCUGGAUUCUCCAUGUGGGAGAAGGUGAGCUACGAUCGACGUGGACUCGAGCAAGAGAUUCGUGCCAAGAUGAGAGGCCAGCCGGCACAAGCUAUUGAGAAAGCUUUGACCCGAGCCUUUGCAACUAUCGGCGCUGUGUCCAUCUGCCGUCGCAUGCGCAAGCCGAAGGGUGUGGUUCGAUUCAUCCCCUGCAACCUCGAGCAGAGACCCAACGACGCACCCAGCUCGACCAAGAUCCGGCAGAUCAUCAAGACGUCGCCAAAGGACUCACUCGAAGACGCUCUGAAGGGCAUCGCGCUGAACCCCAAGUUCUUGGCUGAAUACAUCGCUAAGCGACCGCAGCUCGCGCAGUCGAUGGGAAAGGAAAAGCCAAAGGUGGAGGAGAAGCCAGUGAAGGAUUGGUAUGAGGUUGAGAAGCAGAUUGUGUGGUGA